CUGGGUGAAUCUUAAUUGUGUAAUGUUCAUUGACGAGUCAGCACAAUGCUGCUGAGACCGCGGAGGCGCACUGAUCCGAGCAGAGCGAUGAAAUGCUCCCAGCGAGGAGAACCCAGAUGGACAGCCUAGUACAGCCGCUCGUCGCCCAGUACCUCGCCAUGGGAUGUCAAUCAAAAGAAAACAACCAAAACGAAAGUGUGUCGCCGGACGAGAAGGGAAAGGACGAAACUAGAGUGACUCCAAGAUGCAGCUCCAGGGCUAGAGUUUCUCCUCCAGGCCGUCCUCACCGGUUCCACAAACCCAGCCCGGCCCAGACCGCCUUGGGUAAAUCCAUGAUGUCCCUGGGACACCUCACCAAGGGGGCGAGCUGGGAGGAGCUCAUCCAGGCCUGUCUGCAGUCUUUCGACUCGGAUGGUUGUGUAUGUGGGAGCAGCCACUUGUUGAACAUCACCCUGACCAUGCACCGUUCCCUCAUCUCCUCCAGUGAUCUGCUGGACAAACUCAUUACUCUAUUCAAAACAGCGCUGGACAAUGAGCAGCCAACAGAGUGCCAGAGGAUAUGCUACCUCAUCAGGCAUUGGACCCAGGAAUUCUGGAUGAUGUUUCGGUUGCACCACAGCUUGUCAGACAGCCUGGACGAGUUCCGGGAGCUGAUCAGAGAGCAGGGACAGGAGCAUCUUUGCCCUCUUCUAGAGACCAAAUGGAUAAAUGAACGGGACUGGUCAUGGAAGGCCAGCCAGAAGAUCAAAGCUAACAGCAGUAAAAAGAGGAAAGUUUCUCUUCUUUUUGAUCACCUGGAGCCCAUUGAGUUGGCUGAACAUCUCACCUACCUGGAAUUUAAAUCUUUUUGCAGGAUAUCAUUUGUCGACUAUCAGAAUUACAUUAGCAACUGCUGCAUGAAGGACAUUCCCGUGAUGGAGCGUUCCAUUGCCCUGUGUAAUGGUAUCUCCCAGUGGGUUCAGCUGAUGGUGCUGAGCCGGCCAACUGCUCAGCUGAGAGCUGAAGUUUUCACCAAGUUUAUCCACGUGGCACAGAGUCUACAUCUUAUGCACAACUACAACACACUAAUGGCGGUGGUAGGAGGCCUUUGUCACAGCUCGAUCUCCAGACUGAAAGACACCACCUCACAUGUACCUAGUGAGGUCACCAAGGUACUGAACGAGAUGACAGACCUACUGUCCUCAUGCAGAAAUUAUGACAACUAUAGGCAAGCUUACAACAGGUGUACAGGUUUUAAAAUCCCUAUCCUGGGCGUCCACCUUAAAGACCUGAUUUCAGUCAAUGAGGCCAUGUCAGACUACGUGGAGGACAACAAGGUCAAUGUCCAGAAGCUCCAGGCUCUCUACAGCCACAUUAAUGAGCUGAUCCAGCUCCAGCAGAUCCCACCCAGGCUGGACGCUAACAAAGACUUGGUCCAUCUGUUGACGCUGUCCUUGGACCUUUACUACACCGAGGAUGAGAUCUAUGAACUGUCUUACGCCAGGGAACCUAAGAACUGUAGAGCACCUCCAGCCACCCCUUCCAGACCUCCAGUGGUUGUUGACUGGGCACCAGGAGUGGCUCCCAAACCUGACCCCCGAACCAUCAGCAAACAUGUUCAGAGAAUGGUGGAUUCUGUGUUUAAGAACUACGAUCACGACGAGAAUGGCUUCAUUUCACAAGAGGACUUUGAGAAAAUUGCUGCUAGCUUUCCUUUUUCUUUCUGUGUCAUGGACAAAGAGAAGGAAGGCCUUGUCAGCAGAGACGAAAUCACGGCCUAUUUCAUGCGGGCAAGUGUCAUCUGCUCCAAACUGGGGCUUGGGUUUGUCCACAACUUCCAGGAGGCGACUUACAUGAAACCCACUUUCUGUGACAACUGCUCAGGAUUUUUGUGGGGUGUCAUCAAGCAAGGCUACAGAUGCAAAGAUUGUGGGAUGAAUUGCCACAAGCUGUGCAAGGACCAGGUGGCGUUUGAGUGCAAGAAGAACACCAAAGUGUCCAACGCCACUGACAGUCCGACGCCGAGCUCCACGCCUGUCACCAUGGGCACCUCAGAGGGUUCAGAAGAAUGUCCUUUCCCCUACCCAGCAGAUGACAGCAAAGACUGGAGCCCAGACUCCCCGUUCACCUCCCAUUCCAAGCCCCAGAGGGUCCAUAGUGGCACCCAGACAGAGGGACCCCAGCUAUCCUCUGCAGCUGCCGACCUCAGUCGCUCUCAGCCUUCUCUGUUAGUCCCAACAACACCUACCCUCACUUCGUGUCCCAGCCCGGUGCCCCAGAGAAAAUACUGUGCCAAGUGGGAAAACAGAGCUUCUGUUGUGCAUAAGCCUAAAGAACCAGAAGAAGAGAGCAAACCCACCUACGAAACUCUGGAAUCAGACAACCAGAAGCUGCAGAAAGCCAAUGAGACACUACGUAGGAAGCUGAAGGAGACAGAGCGGGAAGUGGAGAUACUAAAGACACUGCUAAAGAGGCACGCUCUCCACCCCGUGGAGGAGGAUUCCUCGUCCUAGACUUGUACAUACAUUAUACUAAACCUUCUCCAGGGAGACUGCUGCUGCCCCCUAUGGCAUCAUGCAUAAUUCUGGAUCCAAUAUUUAACUUAUUGGUCAUGAACAGUGCAAGUAAUUUAUCAGUAUAAUGAGACCCAGACAACAUGGCAUCACAUGGUAUGAAGUGAGAAACAUUGCACAUAUCCAGUAGAGGUGUUCUAAUGCUGUAAUGUUAGACAGCCAAUCAAAAAAGCCAGUCAGUAUGUCACCAAUAAUGAGGUUAAGGACAUUUUUAAGCUGUGUAUGGAAGCUACAGCACAUAGUACAGCGAAUACAGUUUACCAAUUAACAAAAAACAUAUCAAAAUAACUGUAUAGUAUGAAGAUGCUAAAAAAGGCUGUAGUGUUAUAUUUAAAAAAGUGAAGGAGCCCCUUUACUGUACAGUUUUACAGAAGAAUGAAAAUCAUCGCAAUGAGCAUUAGUUACAGAAUUUAAUGAACCCUUAAGAGUAGUUGCAGUUGGUAUGGGGGUUUCUGUUAAAAGUAUGUAAACAUGAAAAAAAAAAGCCAUGAAUGAAGAAGUGCAGUAUUUUAGACAAAAUAUGGCAGAAUGUAUUUGAUCGAUUCUUGAUCAAUUAAUGGCCUUGGAUAUUUAUGUUAAACAUAAAAUGGAAAUCGGGGGCUGCGGUAAAAUGAAUGCAGCUAUAUAUUUUUCAAAAACAAGAGGAUUGUGGCUUAUAUGACGGGUGCGUUACUACUAUUGUUUUUAUUAGUACUAACGAGCCCACUGAUUAAAGCAGCAGAAUGAAAGUUCAGCACUGUCAGAAUGGCCUCAGAUGUACAGAACUGUUGUUGCUCUGCAUCAUUGUCCCUGUUCAUAUCAAUGCACAAGAUGUUUUCAGUGCGUCUGUUAAUAUUUAUUGUCUGAAACACUACACAGUUGAUAUCAAGAGUGAGACAAAUGAACAUUUUGUACAGUAUGGUGGUACUGUCAGUGAAUUAUUUAUGCUUGUGUGUGUUGGCAUCAUAUUGAUCCUUAUUAUUUUUAUUGUGCAGCCAUGUCAUCGAAUUAUUGUGCAGUCCACUGUAGCAGUGUUGUACUGUGAACGGGAGUCAAGAUGGGUGUGUUUGUACUGUGUGUAAUGUACUGUAAAUACAAAGUAUACACAGUGCCAUUCUAGCUAUAUCAAGAUUCAUCUCUCUC